AUGUAAUAUAUUGAUCAAGGAAGUGCCAUAUCAACCAAAUAAGUCUCAGGAAGAAGACUGUAAAAAAAGAACUCUCUCUUCUAUUAAGUAAGACUCUCUAUCUCAUAUAGCAAUCUGUUCUAGAAAAUGAAGAAUUUACUCAACGAUAUGAGAAGAACAUUGAUGAAUUAAAAAUCUUCAAAGACGAUCACCAACUUCAAGCAUAUAAAUAACAUUUUUAAAUUCGAAAUGUUAAGUUUUUUGAAUAGCUUGAACAAAUAGUAAAGGUUGAAUCAUCCCUCAAAGAUUUUGCCAAAGGGUAUUAUAAUCUAAAAUAGUAUUAGUUAUGAAAAAUACGGUUUUGUAAUCUCAGAAUCAGGCAUAAUGUACAAAGAGUGGGCUCCUGGAGCUAAGGAAGUAUAUCUCACUGGAGAUUUUAAUAAUUGGGAUAAAACCCAGUAUUCUUUGACUUCAGAUACCUUUGGAAAUUGGGAGAUAUUUCUGCCUAGAAAUGAAGAUGGCACAUAUAUGAUUAAUCAUGGUUCUAGAGUUAAGACCUACAUAAAGAAUGCAAAGGAUGAAUAUGUUUAUAGGAUUCCUGCAUGGAUUCGAAUGACUUGGUAAAAUGAUGAGAAUAAAGUAUUUAUGAAAUCAAUAAUUUUUAUAGAUGUUUGAUGGUGUCUUCUAUAAUCCAGAGAAUAGAUACGAAUUUAAGAAUAAUAGACCUGGGAAAUUAAGGAGUUUGAAAAUAUAUGAAGUACAUAUAGGAAUGGCAGGAGUUGAACCACGAGUUCAUACUUUCAAAGAAUUCACUUAGUAAGUUUUACCAAGAGUGGUUAAAUUAGGAUAUAACGUGAUUUAAAUUAUGGCAAUAUAGGAGCAUGCGUAUUAUGGUAGUUUCGGAUAUCAUGUUACGAAUUUCUUUGCAGUAAGUAGUAGAUUUGGUAGUCCAGACGAUUUGAAAGAAUUGAUUGAUACAGCACAUCAAUAUGGGAUACAUGUAUUAAUGGAUUUAGUACAUAGUCAUGCAUCAAGUAAUGUGUAGGAUGGAAUAAAUGAAUGGGAUGGAACUGAUUAUCAAUAUUUCCAUGCUGGAACAAAGGGUAAUCAUAAUUUAUGGGAUUCUAAAGUGUUUGAUUAUUCUAAAUGGGAAGUUAUGAGAUUCUUCUUGUCAAAUUUAUCAUGGUGGUUAAAUGAAUAUUAAUUUGAUGGUUUUAGAUUUGAUGGAAUUACAUCUAUGUUAUAUAUUCAUCAUGGUAAUGGACAUGGAUUUACUGGAGGUUUACAUGAAUAUUUCAAUGAACAAGUAGACUUAGAUUCUUUGGUUUAUUUAAUGUUAGCAAAUGAUUUAAUUCAUGAAAUUAAUCCAGAUGCAAUAACAAUAGCAGAAGAAGUAUCUGGAUACCCAUCAUUGUGUAGAACAAUAAAGGAAGGAGGAAUAGGAUUCGAUUAUAGAAUGGCUAUGGCAAUUCCAGAUAAAUGGAUUAAAUUAUUGAAGGAAGUUAAGGAUGAUGAUUGGGAUAUGGAAGAUAUUACAAAUACACUUACAAAUAGAAGAUAUUUGGAAAAUUGUAUAUGUUAUGCUGAAUGUCAUGAUUAGGCAUUAGUUGGAGAUAAGACUUUGUCUAUGUGGUUAUUUGAUAAAGAAAUAUAUACUUAGAUGAGUACUCUUACACCUGAAACUCUAGUCACUUUCAGAGGAAUGGCAUUGCAUAAGAUGAUUAGAUUAAUAACCUUUGCUCUUGGUGGUGAAGGAUAUCUCACAUUUAUGGGUAAUGAAUUUGGCCAUCCUGAAUGGAUUGAUUUUCCAAGAGAAGGUAAUGGAUGGUCAUAUCAUCAUGCAACAAGAAGAUGGGAUUUAGCAGAUAAUUAAACUUUAAGAUUUUCUAAAUUAUUAUAAUUUGAUAUUGAAAUGCUUAAUCUAGAAUUAAAAUAUCCAUGGUUACCUGAUGGUUAAUAAUGGGUAACUGAAAAGCAUAAUGAUAUGAAAGUUAUUAUAUUUGAAAGGGGCUCAUUACUUUUUGUAUUUAAUUUUCAUCCUUCACAAGUAACUAAUUAUAUUAUUCAUUUUUAGUCUUAUGAACAUUUUAAAGUAGGAACUAAAUUUAAUGGAGAUCAUUUUAUAGUUUUAGAUACUGAUGAUAUGAGAUUUGGGGGACAUUCAAGAGUAUCACCAUCUUAUAAUAAACCAUUCACUUUGUUUAAAGAAGGAUGGUAAGGAAGACCUAAUCAUAUCCAAAUAUAUUUGCCAAAUAGAUGUGCUAUUGUUUUUAAAUCAGCUGAGUGA